UUCGCGCCGUUGGGUGGAGACGAGAUCCCCCUCCCCCCCUCCUCAAGUGCGGCGCCGGCAAGCCAAGAAGCCUAGCAGGAUCUUUCCAGCGAACCGAAAGAAGAACGGAAAAGGGAAAAGAAACGGAUCCAACAGCUCUACACAGGACACUGUCAUGGCGGCGGCGAUGCGGACGGGCCUUCACGUGACCAGGAAAGUGCUCUGGCGACUGACAGGUUUCAUCACGUGAGCGGUGUACAUUUGUAGCCAUUAUGGCAACAUCAUCUGAAGAAGUAUUGCUAAUAGUGAAGAAGGUGCGUCAGAAGAAACAAGAUGGGGCUCUUUACCUAAUGACUGAGAGAAUAGCUUGGGCCCCUGAAGGCAAAGACCGAUUCACAAUCAGCCAUAUGUAUGCAGAUAUAAAAUGUCAGAAAAUAAGUCCUGAAGGAAAAGCUAAGAUUCAACUUCAGUUGGUACUGCACGCAGGAGACACAACCAAUUUCCAUUUUUCUAAUGAAAGUACAGCAGUUAAAGAGCGAGAUGCUGUUAAAGAUCUUCUUCAGCAGCUGUUACCCAAGUUCAAAAGGAAAGCAAAUAAAGAACUUGAGGAGAAAAACAGAAUGCUGCAAGAAGAUCCUGUUUUGUUUCAGCUUUACAAAGAUCUUGUUGUGAGUCAGGUGAUCACUGCAGAGGAGUUCUGGGCCAACCGUUUAAGCAUGAAUACCAUGGAUAAUUCUUCAGCACCAAAUAAGCAGGAUGUUGGCAUUUCUGCUGCUUUUCUGGCUGAUGUUCGACCUCAAACAGAUGGAUGCAAUGGCCUCCGAUAUAAUUUGACUUCAGAUAUUAUUGAAUCUAUAUUUAGGACUUAUCCUGCAGUAAAACUGAAGUAUGCAGAAAAUGUUCCUCACACUAUGACAGAGAAAGAAUUCUGGACAAGAUUCUUCCAAUCUCACUAUUUUCAUAGGGAUCGGUUGAAUGCAGGAUCAAAAGACCUUUUCGCAGAAUGUGCCAAGAUGGAUGAAAAGGGAUUAAAAACCAUGGUGUCUCAAGGGGUGAAAAAUCCUUUAUUAGAUUUAACUUCUUUAGAAGAUAAAUCAUUGGAUGUGGGUUAUGGUGUUUCUCUGGCACCUUCCACGUCAAACUCUACAAAAUCAAUAAAGGAGAAUAGCAAUGCUGCCAUUAUAAAACGCUUCAACCAUCACAGUGCCAUGGUCCUUGCAGCUGGACUCAGAAAACAAGAAGCACAAAAUGAUCACUGCAAUGAGACCAGCAGUAUGGAUGGAAACUCCAGGGAUUCAGAUUUCUUUCAGCCACCCUUAAAAAAGGUAAAGCUGCAAGAAUCUAUUGAAUAUGAAGAUCUAGAGAACAACAACAGCAUGAAGACUAUUGCACUAAACCUAAAGAAAUCAGAUAGGUAUUAUCAUGGUCCAACACCAAUUCAAUCACAGCAAUAUGCAACUAGCCAAGAUAUUAUUAAUUCGUUGUAUAGUAUUAGGGAAGAGAUGGAAGUCUAUGUACCCAAAUUAACUCAGGUUCUCUCUAGUGGUGCUGCAAGUAGUACAAUCACAGCCCUUUCCCCUGGAGGAAAACUAAUGCAGGGUGGAACACAGCAAGCCAUAAAUCAAAUGGUGCCAAAUGAUAUUCAGUCUGAAUUGAAGCACUUGUAUGUGGCAGUGGGAGAGCUGCUACGACACUUCUGGUCUUGCUUUCCUGUAAAUACACCAUUCCUCGAGGAGAAGGUUGUGAAAAUGAGGAGCAAUCUGGAAAGAUUUCAAGUUACGAAACUCUGCCCAUUCCAGGACAAAAUUCGAAGACAGUAUUUAAGCACAAAUCUGAUAAGUCACAUAGAAGAAAUGCUGCAGGCGGCCUACAAUAAAUUCCAUAUGUGGCAGUCCCGACGUAUGCUGAAGAAAACGUGAAAAUCCAAGGAUGACUAUUUUCUGAGCAAGAAGAAAUUGCAAUACCUGUAGGAACACAGCUCCCCAAUGUGCAGAUCUUACAGACAUUGCAGAGAAAAUAAGCAUCGUGUGGACUCUUGAAAAUGAUGCUAAAUGGACUUGCACACUUUUUGGAGAAGUCAAACUUGAAAACUAGGGAAUUAAAAGGAACCAAACCAGAAGAGUUGAGUGGCAAAUAUAUAUAUAUAUAAAGACACUGUUUACUGCAGUUACUCAGGAACUGCUUUUGAUUUUCAUAAAGAGCUGCUUUCAGAAAUAAAAACUUUAAAUGGAUGUAUUAAUAAAAUCCAAGAUUUGUUUGUCUAGUUUUUUAAAGUGUAUGGCACAGGGUAGAGCAUUUCUUUCUUCACUGUAUCCUGGCAUUUUAUUGAAUUCUGUUUGUACUUCUAGAAACAAGUUUAAGACUUCAACUGUAACUAAGACUUUUGCCUCAGAUCCUAACAAAUAUAGAUGCUAGAGGACAUGUUUUUCUCAAGUCAACAACCAAUGCACUGAGAAACCUACGGUGUUCAAAGCAGGCACAUUUGGCAAAAAGAUUGCAGGAUUUUAUGCAGGAUUUUUACUAGCCAUUCUUUGCAUGUGUUCUUUUGAAUGUGAGUGUGUGCAACUUGGUUUUUUUAAAAUAUGACAUUUGUUUGGGUAUGCGAAGUUCAUUUUGAAGUAAGUUUAAGAAACUUAGAGAAACAAUAACUUUUUAUACCUUUAUGAAAGAAAAAAUCAUAAAUGAGAGCUUCUCUCAUUUCUCUCUUGAUGACUGUUAGCGCUAUAUUUGGCGAUCAGAUAAUCAUUGAAGAGUGAAUUAAAAGGUAUACUUUAGAUAUACCUGAGGUGUGUACCGCAUCUGGUCCAAAUGGUCUAAUUCACUCUUGCCUAAGAUGCACCUGACAUGUAUUAAAUACUUAUUAAAACAAAGAAAACUUGUUUUGUACAGUCAUGGAGUUGGGCUCCUUAUAUUUCAUUGUCUUAAUGUCUUCCUCAUUAACAGUCUGUCCUAGGACCAAACAAAUGGUUUCACUUAGGUGGGAUGAGACAUACUGUGAUAAUUCAUAAACUGGUAGUUUAUGACUGAACUGCUGGAAUUCAUUGGAAAGGAACAAACUUGAUUCUAUAUAUUAUGCUCUAAACAAUUCAUGUCCAGGAAGGAGAACUGGAUUUUUAUUCCUGCUACACAUUGACACAAGGGAUUAUUAUUCAUUUUGAGUGAGCUAUAUUCUAGCUGUGGGAGCUACGAAAAUUCCCCAUUAUGUGUGUGCUCAUGUACAUGCUUGCAUGAUGUGUUUGUGAUCUGCUUUCAUGCAACCACCAGAAUUUUAAACAGGAUUACUGGACUUUUACUGAAAUCCUACAAACUAAGUUUAAGAUACUGUUUUAAAACUUGCUGCUGCUUGCCUUCUUAGAAGGGGCUGCAUGUUAUGUGCUACAAAAUGGUUCUACUAAAAAAAACUGAAAAAGUAUUCUACUGUGCACAGCAGAUUAAAGUAAAUGGUGAAAAGCUGGAAUUAAUAAUAAAAAUUCAUGCUGGUGUUGGAAUGUCGUCUUGCAGAAAUAUAGCUCUGAUGACAUGUGACUACUUGUAUGUUUUGGUAAUUCCUCAAGUAAAUGUAAUUAAUUCUGAUAGGCUUGGUGGUAUUAUACCAAUUAUAGGUUUGACCCAUAGUUAACUUUGAGAAUCAUCCCUGCAACAAAGAUGACAAACUUCAACAUUUUGUCAGACUGAGAAAUAUUUUAGUAGUCUAUAGAGGGAUGGGUUAACACACACAGUAGAUGAUUUUACAGCUGUGAAGGCAUAAUAAAGUAGACAUUUGCACUGACAUUUCUUUAAGCAAUAAUUAGCUUAUCUAACCUUUUGAUGGUGGGUUUAAUAAGAACUAUUGUUCAGGCAGAUAACAACAUUAAAGAUCAUUUGGAAAAACAUUUUUAGUUUCCUUCCAGGUAUUUUAUCUCUGCAGGCAGUAUCAAGCUUUGAAGGAAAACUAAUUGCAUGAAUUUCCCCAAAUAAAGCUUAAGCACUUUGGGUAUUAUUUUUUCAUGAUUCAAUAUAAAUUAAAAGUCUGUUGUACCCGAAGAUGGCAACAGCAAAUAUUGUGCAUACUUAGUUUUUUCUGCCGUAUGACCACCAGUGAUUCCAGGUCUAAAACACGUGGUCCAAAACUGCUGAGUGACUUAACUGUUAACUGCAUUGCCUUUCAUUAACCAUACAGUCAUUGGAAUCUGAAAAUCAACCUGUAUCUAAUGAAAACUUGUAUCAUUGGCAUUGAUCAAAACCUGUAGAAUAAAACUGAAUUCCGUA